AAUAUAAUUUUGGCAACUUCCACCCUGCGAAACAGCGCCAUUUAGUUUUAAGCCUAAAAAACCCAUACAUUUCAGGGGUACGCUUUUUUGUAUGGGCUUUGUCAGUCCCUAUUAGUCACUAUAUCGUUCUUGGUGUAAAUAAAUACAAAAUCUUCAAUAAUAAGUUAAUAACCCCAACGCACCUUGAUAGAUAUCACUGCUGCAAUUUUCCGACUAGUUCAACAACAACUACUGUACAUGAUACUUUAAACCGGCGGUUUACAAAUGUAAAUAAUUGAUCAAGAUCGUUUACAACAUUCAACGCAUUUAUAACCUUAUAACUCAAAGAAUAGGACAGAAAGGAUGGAUCGUUAUAAUGUAGUCUUAAUAGAUAAUUAAAUAUUAAUUGAACGCUAUCAUACAUAAAUAUUAGUGAAGUGAAUAACAGAAGAAUUAGUGCGUUUGAGUAGAUUGCCCGUGCUGGCUGUUUAUAAAAUAAAAUGUCGGAAAAAAAUAAAGUGUUUAGUCCGUUCUUGAGACAAGUAAGUUUAGUAAACUUUGCAUUGUUUAUGCCAUUGAGAAUUCAUUUGUAGUGACCCUGCCUGCUGACGACCGGUCUGGCUCAGUCGGUAGUGACCCUGCCGCGCUAAGCCGCGGUCCUGGGUUCGAAUUCCGUGUCUGGUGACAGCAGCUGUCAGCAGCAGUGUUAUCGGCUGCGGCUGCGCAUUCGGUUUCCCUGGGAUCCUGUUACCACAGUUGGAACACCCUGACUCACCUCUGCAAGUUUCCGCAGACCAGGCUUCUUGGCUAGCUUCAGUUUCUUCAAUUCCCAUGAUCUGCGGGAACUUCAUGGUUCCAGCCCUGAUGACGCACGGAGGACGAAAAGUGGCUCUUUACGUGGUGAUUCUCGUCAUGAUGCUGGGCUGGUGCACCAUCAUUUUUGCCCACAGUUAUGAGUUGCUGCUAUUAGGCAGAAUACUCCAAGGACUAUCCUUUGGCAUGUUCAUGCCUCUUCGCUCCAUCUUCAUCGGCGAAUGCACCAGCCCUCGCUACCGAGGCGGUUUCCUAUCCACCUCCACCCUAGCUCAGACCUUCGGCCUCCUCUUCGUCCACCUCAUAGGAUCCCUUAUCAGCUACCAGAUGACAGCCCUCUGCUCCAUAUCUUUCGCUAUCAUCAGUCUCAUCUUAGCCAUAAUCUCGCCAGAAUCCCCCAGCUGGCUAGCAACGAAAGGACAAUACGACAGAUGCAGAAAGAACUUCAUAUGGUACAGAGGAGAAGAAGAAAUACCAGAGCUUGAAAAGAUGAUACAAAGUGUCAAGCUGUUAGAAACGAAUAAGAGUACUGAGCAGAACAAGCUAAAAGAGAUCAUGUCUGUUGCGACGAAAAGGGAAUUCUACAAGCCGAUUUUCCUAAUGUUCGCCUUGUAUAUCCUGAUGACGUAUUCGGGAGGAUUAAUAAUGGGAGCGUAUUCCGUAACUAUUUUGCAGUUACUGCUUGGUCCUAGUAUUAAUGCUCAUUUAUGGAUGGUAGCUUUAGACUUCCAAAGACUAGUAUUCAGUAUUAUUGCAGUAUAUGUGAUUAACAAAGUAAGAAGGAGAACAAUGUUGUUCAGUGUUGGAGUGUUAUGUGCGAGUAGUCAGCUAGCUAUGGGCGCUUACGUCUACGCUAGGACUAAGGGAUUUUUAUCGUUUGAGUCUUUAUGGAUUCCUGGAAUACUUAUAAAUCUUCAGAUGUUAAGUGUGUCUAUGGGGAUGCAGCCAUUACCUUUCGUUAUAGCUGGAGAAGUAUUUCCUUUGCAAUACAGAGGUUUGGGAGGAAGUAUAGGUUUAGUAGCACAAUGUGGAUCUGUAUUUAUUAUUCUUAAGGCGUUCCCUAGUUUGAUAGCUCUUGCGGGGUUACAUGGAACAUAUACUGUAUAUUCUGGAGUUAUAAUUGCUUGUCUGGCAGUAGCUUGGGUACUGCUACCAGAGACAAGUGGUCGGACUUUGCAACAGAUUGAAGAGCACUUCAGAGGAGCUCCACUUCCAGACAUUGAAGCUGAUGUUAAAGAAUCAGCACCUUUGAAUGAAAAGAAUAGUAAAGAUAAAAGAGAUAGUAAAACUAGUCAAACAAUAAUGUCUGGUAGUAAUGGAGAGAGUGUUAGUUUAGCAGAUACUGAACCUAUUGGUACUGUGAAAUAACAUAAUAUAAUUUUUAUAUAGGAAAUUGAUUUAAUUGAUGCCUCAGGGGUUAAAACUUGGACCAAAGAAGAAGAAAAUAAUAAGUUGUCUAAUGGAAAUUGAUGUAGGUAAUAGAGCAUUGUGAUAGGGUGUCAUGAUGAACAUGAACAUUUUUUAUAAUUGCUAAGACAUUUGUUUAAGGUCCUAGUUCCUAACAAGCAUUUUGCUCUUGGUUCGAAUCGGUAAGGGCAUUUAAUUGUGUGAUGACCACAGAUAUUUGUUCCCGAGUCAUGGAUGUUUUCUUUUAUACAACUAUGUAUUUACCUAUUUAAGUAUGUAUAUCGUCCCUUAGCACCCAUAGUGCAAGCUUUGCUUAAUUUGGGGCUAAGUUGAUCUGUGUCAGGUGUCACCAAUAUUUGAUUUUUUUGUGUAUCUGUUUAUUUAGUUCCCUAAAUUGUACGAUUCUUUAUCAUCACUAUGAGAAUUUAUCAUAGCAAACCCGAAAAUCAAAUGCAGUGAUAUGCUACCGCGCGAUGGCGAGAUGGCGAGAUGGCGUACGGCGUGCAUGUCAAACAAAACAAUUGAAGCUCAUACCAGUGUCCUGAGUCGACGCUGCAUAGGGUGUACGCACGCUCGCCCUCCCCGCUGCACGCCCCGCCGAACGCUCCGCUCCGAGCGUCCGAGCAUUGACAUUUUAAAGUCACUUUUGACAGUGACAGAUGAUAAAGACAUAUGCCACUCCGUAUAGACAGCUACAGUCUAAGAAAAAACUUACCUUCAGAACCAUGUAGAAAUAGAUACGGUAGCCUAGAUAGCGUUACAACUUUGGGGGAAGCUCGGCUAGAUGGCGCUAAUAUUAAUAUUUGACAUUUUAACACAUGUAAAGCUAAUAAUAUGGGCCAAAUUGUCAAAACUGAGGUUUAAAAGUUUUAAGCUUGAGUCGAGAGAUGGCAGUCUAUGCACUGUGAUUACAUAUUUUACGUUGACAGUAACUCUCUAUAAUACUUGAUCCUCUUUGGUAUAAUAAAGAGUACUAUGGUAUCGCUGUGCCCUCGCUGAGGAAUUAUUAGAAUACUGUCAAACUGAUUUUGCUACACUGCCUUUAAUUUAAGUUAUUAAUAGUAUUUAUGAUGCAAUAAAAAUCAAUUAUUCAAA